ACAAAAGUCGAUCAGGAAAAGUCAGGUGAGCUAACACGGAGGUCCCGUAUUAAGGCAGGCGUUUGCACGCUCGUUGUUACGGCAUUUGAGUGCUAAGCAUGUGUACGUGGUACUUUAUUUACAUCUAGGGACGUCUUGACAUGGAGGAGGACUCUCGCAGGGACAUGAAACAAACAAAAACAAAGGCCUUUGUUGUACUGGUCAGUUUUUCACAUUUUGAAAUUACAUGUACAGUUGCAGUUAGUCAAUUUACGAGAGAGAAAAAAAAGGGGGGGGGGUAUUAUUAACCUAGACCGAAUGUUUUUAAAUUAAUUCAAUUAUUAACUACUAGUAAUGUCAGCGAUUUAACAACGCAGUAUUGCAGGAAAUACUUAGUUGACACUUACUACCAUAAUGACCACCUCUCAAUAUUAAGGCAACUGUGGUAAACCGCAAAUUUCUUCGUUAUCAUGACCGUCCUAAGAUCCCACGACAUUUUGGAGCUUGAAUUUUAGUGAAGUGUUUGUUACACGAAAAUAUCAUACUUCGAUGAAAUGUAUAACUGAUAUUAGAGUGUACACAAAUCAAUGAAUUCAUCCAUCAAGCCGUAAUGAAGAGAUGUGGAUUAAUUUUCAUACGCAAUAGAGACCACUACCACUUGGGGAAACACACGAAUUAUCGGUCUGUUAGCUAAAUUAAGGACUUUAUAUAAACAUCAAGCGACUCAACAUUUGAUUUAAAUCGUAAGGAUGCUGCUUUGGAUAUUUUGUUGCCUGUGUGUUACAGUUAACGGUCGAUUGUCUCCCCUGACUGAUGAUGAAAUACUCAACACUACUAGUCUGGCAGAGAAUGACUUUGUUAACAAAAACACCGACGUCUUCAGACAAUUACUAAACCAGGAGACACUGAUCAGAAUAGCGCUGGUUAAAAACGUCCACGAUCUUAUGAAAGAUAUGGUGGAUUUAAAACAAAACAUGGGGGUCACGGACAGAAGAUAUCAGGACGCAGAGGAAGAAAUCCUUCUCUUAAAACGAGAGGUCCAAACUCUGAAAACGGAGAGUAAGAAUGUAAAGGAACAGGUUCUGAAAUUUCAGCUGGAAUUCGCCGAUAUUGAGGACAGGUUCAAAACGAUUGAAAGCAAUUUCACAAAAGUCGCAAACAACCGCACUGAAUAUGAAAACGAAUUAGAUACAAAACGACAAUUAUUUGAGAGGAACACAUCAAACGUAUUGGAAGACGUGAAAAUUGAAGUUCGCCAUUUAUCUGUAACGCUUUUAGAUCUGAACAAGCACUUUUUGGAUUUGGAUAGAUCUAUUCCAAAUCUUGUAGAGAACAAGUUAAAAAUUAUGUCCGAAAGACUUAAUGAAUCACUUGACAUGGGGAGGGAAAAUCUUCUUCUCUCUAACAGUUACCAUGAGCAAUUAUCAAGGAAUUUCUCUGUUUUAGAAAAUCAUCACUACAGAAUAAUGGAAAUGAUGUCAAAUGACAUUAACAAAACUAUUUAUGGUCUCAAAGCGGAAGUUGAACAAUCCCAGAAUGAUCAGUUGAAGUUGUCGUCUGCUGUGUCAUCCCUGGAGGUUUUCAGACUGAAUAUGACCUUGAAUAGUUGUGAUGACAUUAACAAAACUAUUUAUGGUCUCAAAGCGGAAGUUGAACAAUCCCAGAAUGAUCAGUUGAAGUUGUCGUCUGCUGUGUCGUCCCUGGAGGUUUUCAGACUGAAUAUGACCUUGAAUAGUUGUGGGAAAGCAGCUCCUGUAGGAUUUACUGUGGGCGUGACGAGCUCCGAUUCUUCCUGGUCUGGUAGUACCUUGGUGUUUCCUCACGUUGUUUAUAAUGGUGGGAAUGGAUAUAAUCCCAGCACCGGAAUCUUUACCUCACCCACGGACGGGACAUACGUGUUCUUUGUCAAUGUUAAUGUGUACGGUGGUAAUUAUCUAUACUUAGAUAUUGUUCUUAAUGAAGUCUCAAAAGUUAGAUCAAUGUCACAUAAUACUGCACAGUACAUGACGGGAACAAACCUGGCCGUCCUUAGGUUAAACAAAGGAGACAGAGUUUGGAUCAGACGACACCGCGGAAAAGGAUAUUAUUCCAACUCUGUGCCCAUAACAACAUUUUCUGGCUUCCUUCUCUGAUGACAAUAAAUCAAACGAUACACUGCAACAGGAUUCUAUUCCUUGGAAGUACCAGUCACACCAUUUUCAGGUUUAAUUUUGUGAUGAGACGAGGUAAUCAUGUCAUUCGUGUACCCAUAGAAAAUUUCUGUUUACGUGUCGCAAGUGAUUUGUAAUUUACUAAACUGUGUGUUUUGUACUUGGCUUAUAAUUGAUCUCAAUCAUUAUUGCAAAUAAUCAUAAAAUGACUGCAUAUCUU